AUGUCGUCGCACGUCGUGGUCAUCGCCACGGAUCUGCGGCGCACCACCAUCAAAGUCAGCCCCGGCACCUACUUGUCGGACGUUCUAGCUGAAGCUUGUAAGAAGCUUGGCCUAGACGGCGACAAGUACUUGAUAAAACACAAGCAGAAACAAGUCGAUCUCUCCAUACCGUUCCGUACGUCUGGCCUCCUCGCCGGCGCGAAGCUAGAGCUUGUGCAAAAGUCCAAGACCCCAUCAGCCGUUCAAAUCGCCCUGCAGAUUCCCCAGCCAGAGGCCAAAGAGAUUCCUGGCGGCCGGCUGAUUAAGAAGUUUCCCUCCGACUUGUCAUUAUGGCAGGUGCUGCGACAGUUUGAAAGCGGCGAGGCGAGCGCGGGGAAGAACAUCAAUAUCACGGCCAGAGGUGUUGCGCAGACGGCCAGCAGCGAGAACUCUGGUGCCGGCCAGCUAUUCUAUGAGACGCCAGUCCUAAAUAUCAUGGGCCGGGAGCUUGCAUCAUUUGCUGAUUUCCAAAAGUCGCUGUCGCAGCUGGGACACAACUCUGGCAACGUCCUGAUACGAUUAUCGUUUAGAAGGACUGAGCAAACACUAUAUGAGGCGAUGGAACAGAUAGGAGCCUUUUUCAAGGAAGAAGAGAAGGAGAAGCAAGAAGAAAAGGAAAACGCGGCUUCAAGUGUCCUAGAGAACAAGCUCAAGGACCCACCAACCGACGGAGAUGUACCCAUGACUGGAGCUCCAGUUGAGCCCAUCAACACCACAAGCGAAGCGCAGGAAGAGCGAGCUCCCGAAGCAACGCAAGAUCCAACAUCUUCAAUACAAUCUGAAUCGAAUAGUUCUGAUCCUCAGUCGCGCCUCGAACCUGUCAAUGUCUUCCUCGCUCCAACAAACUCGACACCUGCUGCCGCUCUUGCGCCAUUCGAAGAAAAUGAUCUCAUGCCCACUGUCGCGCAGGCUCAACUGCAUCAGGCCCGCCUACUAGAAAACUCCAGGAACAAAAGACUGCUGUCUGAUAAAGAAAUUGAAGAAAAGGAGGCGGCUGAGUUGGCCAAGAUCGAUGCUGUCAAGUCUGUGCUCAUCAAGGUGCGGUUCCCAGAUAAUACCAGCAGCGAUUGGCAAGUUGGCCCGUCAGACACUGGCGCAUUCUUGUAUCAGGCUGUGCGGCAUGUCAUGGCCAACAACGGCCAGUCAUUUCACCUUGUCAUCCCGGGGACCAAGGCUGUAAUCCAAGAUGAUGACACCCCCAAGCACAACCUCAUCCGAGCGUAUAAGCUUUCAGGCAGAGUCCUUGUAAGCUUGGUGUGGAAUGACGAUGUGCCGAAGGAGGCCCGGAAACAGCCUUUCCUCAAGGCCAACUUUGCUCAGCAGGGACAGACCAUCAAGGUGCCCGAGAUACCUGCCGUGGAGGAUGAUAAAGCCGGGCCGUCGGCGGUACCGCAGGCUCAGAGGGCUCCAGCAAAGGAGGGUGGAGAUGGUAAGAAGAUACCGAAAUGGCUGAAACUUGGUAAGAAAUAG